ACUUAAUUAAACCAGAGCUCCCCGUGGUGGUGUGAGGGGGGAGGCUUAGCACCCCCAAAACCGUACAACUCCUUGCAAGGUUGCUGUGCCACAGGAUGGGGCUUUCGGUCUGGGAUGCAGAUCUCUGUCAUAGAGCAUUGCUAUCAAUACUGUUACCCUGAUGCCCAUUCUGGUCUUCUAGGGGACAUUCCCUUCUCUAGGCUGUCCUGAGGUGUUGGAUUCUGGCCAGGAGAUGAGCCAACUUUUUCAGAGUGCCGCCUGGCUUCCGUGGUGCAGUUAGGCUGGGAUGGGAGUGGGCAUUGGCCCUCAUACUACCCUUGGCUUUUCUUGUCCCCAAGAUGUGAUGGUCUCCUUCUGAGCCUGUGGUUGUCACUGGCCACCAGCCAGAAGGGAGGAGAGGGCUGGGAGAGGGGGCUUGGUCAUAGCUUGCACCUGAUCCAUGGCCUAAUCAUAGCAAGAGGGAGCUGAUUCAUCCUUUCUAAGCCACCUGAGGGUUUCGGGCAACAGGGUGCUAGGGGAGGUGGAGGAAGGGUGAUGUGGCUCAAGAAGACUGGCCUCAGAUGACCCUUAAUGGGUCAUUGGGUACCUGCUGCCUUGAGGAAACCCAUGCUUGACUUCUCUGGGCCUGGGUCCCAAUCCUUGCUUUCCCUUGCUUCAGGACCUUAGUCUUGCUGUAGCAUUCAGUGUUUCUGUCAGUGCAGUGGGGGUAGAAGCCAGCUAGCAAUCUGUGGCCCCUGGGGACUCCCUCCCUGGACAUUCACAUCCUCCCAUCUCCCCACCUGCUUGUCCCUGGGGCUGUGCUGCCCUCGUAUGCCUUGGAAUAGCCAACUGCAGCUGAGGGCCUGGGAUGCACACAGGCUCUCCUCCGGGACACUUGGGGACCUUCCUGCUGGUGCCACAGCGCCAUCUACUGGACAACCUCGGCUCUCCUGCUGAGGGCCGGGCCCCUACAGAGCUAUGCUGCCCACCACUUCUCCUGGGGGAACAGCCCUACCCUACGGAACCAAGCCCAGUACCUGUGUUGCUCUGGGCCUAGGGACCUGGGUUCCAGGCUUGGCUUUGCCAUUUUUGAUGAGAUUGGCCAGUCAGAGAGUGAGCCCUAAAGAGUGUCUCAGGAAAUCUGAAUUCAUAGACAAUGUCCAAUUCCACAUCUUGGCUGCAGCGGUCAUCUUGAGAUCCCUAUGGCAUCUGGAAUAAGAGCUGUAGUGGGAGGUAGGAAGCCUGUCUCUUGUUCCAUCUUUAUCAGGGACUUUGGGAUGAAUGGGUCUCCUCAGCUGUAUAUGGCCAACGGGGGUAGCCAAGCGAAUGGAUCUGCAGACUGUGCCCUGCAAAGUCUGAAACCCCAGGAAAGGGGUCUUGGGACUCAUGUGGAGAGCAGCUGAACAGAAGGGGCUCCUGGAAGGGGGGUGGAGGGUAUACGUUGGCAGCCUCUGUGUUGUGUGACUCAUGCAUUCAGUCAUUCAUGGUCUUUAUCAAGCAUCUGCUAGGUGCCAAGUUCUUCGGUGUGGCGGUGAGCCAGUGAGAAGAGCAGCCCUCAACUGCUUGCCUGUAGCCUGUUCUGACAGCCCCUACCUUUUUCCCUCUCUCUCCCAGGUCAGCAGUUGAGUAGCUGGGGCCCCUGAGGGCUUGAAGCCUUCACAGUGAUGGCGGAGAAGCGGCCACUGGGGACCCUGGGGCCUGUGAUGUAUGGCAAGCUGCCCCGCCUGGAGGCAGACUCCGGGCCCGGGCACAGCCUGCCCCCCUCUGCUGGUAACCAGGACCCCUGCAGCUACAAGGGUGCCUACUUCUCCUGCCCUAUGGGGAGUGCCCCCAAGGCAGGGUCUGAGAGGUUGGCAUCUUGGACCCCAUAUCCACCCUUGUACCCUACCAGCGUGGCAGGACCUCCUCUUCGGACGGACAGCCUGUUGACCAGCUGCCUGCUCUACCGCCCACCAGCAGAAAGCUCUGAGAAGGUGCAGGACCCUGGUCCUGUUGAGCUCCUGCCCUUCGGUCCCCAGUCUCAUUCCUACCCAGGCCCACCGUUGGCGGCACCCAAACCUGUCUACCGGAACCCUCUGUGUUACGGGCUCUCAACUUGCCUGGGGGAUGGGGCAGCGAAGAGGCCACUGGACGUUGAUUGGACGAUGGUGACUGGACCCCUCUUACCUCCGGCUGACCCAUCUUGUUCUCUGACCCCAACUCCUGGCAAGGGCCCGUCCCUAGAUGGCACCUUCUUGCGUGGGGUGCCAGCUGGCAAAAACUCAGUAAGCUUCUCCCCGUGCCAGGCAUUUCUGGAGAAGUAUCGGACCAUCCACAGCACAGGCUUCCUGGCCUCCAAGUAUGCAGGUCCUUACUCUGGGGACCCCAAGCAGGCAUUGUCCGACGGACCCCCCAGUCCUUGGACCCAGCUGGCCCAACCCCUGGGGCCAGCCUGCCAGGAUCCAGUGCCUACCCACUACCCGCUCGCUCACCCUCCACAGGCCCUGCCUUGCCCAGCAGCCUGUCGCCACCCAGAGAAGCAGGGCAGCUAUAGCUCAGUGCUCCCGCUACAGCCUCUGGGAGCCCACAAGGGGGCUGGGUACCCAGCUGGUGGGCUGAGCAGCCCCUACCUGAGGCAGCAGGCCGCCCAGGCACCCUAUAUGCCCACAGUGGGCCUGGACACUUUCUCCUACCCCUCUGCCCCACUUCCAGCACCCUCACCAGGCCUCAAGCUGGAGCCACCUCUUGCUGCCCGGUGCCCGCUGGACUUUGCUGCCCCCCAGACACUGGGCUUUCCUUACACCCGGGAUGACCUCGCUCUCUGUGGAGCAUCCCCGGGGCUUGGAGGGACGCCACCUUCCCAAAACAAUGUACAGGCUGUGCCGCAGCCCAGUGCCUUCCAGCGAGCGUGCCAGCCCCUACCCGCCAGCCAGCCCUGCCCAGAGCCCGGGAGGCCUGCAGAGAAGCCAGUCCAGGAAGCAGAGGAGAAGAUGUGGCUGCCCAGCUGCAGGAAAGAGCAGCUCCAGCCCCAGCUCGGUGAGCAUCCCGGAGCACCCAUUGUCAUUGGAGAUAGCCCGGGUCCGCGCACCCCUCCGGCGCUCCCGCCCUGCGCCCGGGAGCGCCAGUCUCUGGCGCCGAACGAGGGCAUGCUGCCGCCCAGCUCUCCACCCAUGCCGAUUAUCGACAAUGUCUUCAGCCUGGCCCCCUACCGUGACUAUCUGGACGUGCCGGCACCCGAGGACACAGCUGGGCCUGAGCCAGCCCCAGCCCCCAGUGAGAGCCCUGCCAAAGACUGGGGGGGGGCCCUGCCUGCCCGGGACGCCCCUUCAAAGGCUCACUGCUCACUUAGAGAAGAGGUAGCCCUGGACUUAAGUGUGAAGAAGCCUGUGGCAGAGGCUCCCGUCGGGGUUCCUAGUCCCGCGGUGCGUGCCGAGCCCACGGCAGCCCUGGAUGCGCCAGCUGUGGGGAACACAGUCUCGGAUCUGCCAGACCUGGAAAAGGUAGUCUCGGAGGCACCGGGGCUGCCCGGGGUGCCGGCGACCACCGAGGCCGCCCCGCGGACCAACUUCCACAGCUCCGUAGCCUUCAUGUUCCGAAAAUUCAAGAUCCUCCGGCCAGCACCCUUGGCUGCAGCCGCAGCCCCAUCGGCGCCCACCCCUGCCCCUGCGUCUGCCCAGCCUGUACCCACCCCCACAUCCGUGCCCCUUGGUCUCCAGAUUCUCACACAGCCCUUGCCCGUGGCCUGCUUCAACCUGGCGCUGCCCAGUCCUCCAGCCGUAGCCAUGGCCUCCCCCACCCCGGCCCCGGCCCCAUCACCUGCCCCGGCCCAGGCUCCGGCUUCUACCCCUGCGGCGGCGGACUCUCCAGAGCAACACUUCACAGGACUGCAUGCGUCCCUGUGCGAUGCCAUCUCGGGCUCAGUGGCGCACUCCCCGCCCGAGAAGCUGCGCGAGUGGCUCGAGACGGCGGGGCCUUGGGGCCGGGCGGCGUGGCAGGACUGCCAGGUUGUGCAGGGGCUGCUGGGCAAGCUACUGUCGCAGCUGCAGAGCUUCGUGUGCACACAGCAGUGCCCCUUCCCCCACGUGGUGCGGGCCGGGGCCAUCUUCGUGCCCAUCCACCUGGUGAAGGAGCGGCUCUUCCCACGGCUGCCUCCCGCCUCCGUGGACCACGUGCUGCAGGAGCACCGAGUGGAGCUGCGGCCCACCACGCUGUCCGAGGAGCGGGCGCUGCGCGAGCGGGCCCUGCACGGCUGCACAUCGCGCAUGCUCAAGCUGCUGGCCCUGCGCCAGCUGCCCGACAUCUACCCCGACCUGCUGGGCCUGCAGUGGCGUGACUGCGUCCGCCGCCAGCUGGGUGACUUUGACACUGAGGCUGGAUCUGUGCCCUCCUCAGAACCCACCAUGGCCAGAGAUGAGCCGGAGAGCCUAGCCCUGGCUUGGAAGUCACCUGUCCCCAAGGCCAGGAAGCCAGGGAGGAAGCCACCAACCCCUGGCCCGGAGAAAGAGGCAGCCGCUGGGGAAGGGUCCCACGGUACCUCCCCUGCCCCUGCCGCCAGCACCAGCCCCCGCGGCCCCACGCUAAGGGCCCGCUUCCGCAACCUGCUGGAAACUGCCUGGCUCAAUGGCCUGGCACUGCCUACUUGGGGCCACAAGGCCUGAGGGCCGGAGCGGCCUGUGCCUCACCCACACGUGCUGGGUGGCCAGAGCCAUUGCUGUAGCACUGGUGGCUGUUUGGGGGUCACUGUCUGAACCCUUACCUUUUGUAAGGCCAGCUGCCCAGGGCCAGGAGUGGACAUGCCCUUGGAGCUUCUGC